CAAUAGCAGACUGAGAAGUUGGUAGAAUGCUUCUAAUUCUUCAUCACUGGAAUUAGUGGUUGGUCCACAAACUUGAAUGUAUUUCUGACUGUGUAAAGGCAUUCAACUGUAUGAAUCAUAACUAAUUAUAAACACUGUGAAGAGUGUGUUAUUAACUGAACUUCCUUGUCAGCAUAUAAAUAUCUAUCAAGACAACAUUGUAUGUCAAGAUCUUCAAAUGUUCUUUUUGAAGAUAACUAUCAUGUCAUUCCUCUUGAACUUAUCAUUCCCAGCAUAGUCAGCCAUAGUUGUCCAAUUCAAAAUGGCCAAUACCAGGCCAUGUCAGCUCACAAAUACGUAAAAUAUUGAUCUUUUUGCAUUCACUUCUGAAGCCCCUUUUUAGAUGGAAAAGUUAGGAGCAAAGUAGCACAUUUAGUGUGUGAAACAUAAAUGUGUUGUUGAUGGCUCCCUGUGUAAGCUCCUCUUCCAGUGUAGAAGAAGGUGAAUAAAUUUAGGUCCUGUUCAGCAUUACGGGGGAUGGAGGAGAGGUCUAGCCCAAAUCGCUUCUGUUGUAGCUCCCUUCCCUUGUUUUCACAUCUGAGAAAGACUAAAAUUUGUCAAAACUGUUUCAUAAAAGGUAAGUAAAGGUAAUUCUGAGUUGUUCAGUUUGUGGACUUUGUGGUAAGUCUAAUGUCAUAAAUUCUUCUUCCUUCUCCAUCUCUGGUUUCCCUGGACUCUGAAUAUCUUCAGAAGAAGAAAGUGGAAAAUUGAUCAAUUCGGACCUCUACAAACCAUGCCCCAUUGUUUGGUGACUUUCAGGGAUGUGGCCAUAGACUUCUCUCAAGAGGAAUGGGAAUACCUUGACCCUGCUCAGAGGGAAUUAUACAGGGAUGUGAUGUUGGAGAACUAUAAAAACGUAUUGUCACUAGCUGGCUGUUCAGUCCCUACAUCAGAUAUGUGUUUGUUACUGAAGCAAGGCAAGACUCCGAAGACGGUGGUGAUAGCCUUGCCCAGAAGAGAAACCUCAGACUUGGAAUCCAGCUGUGAGACCCAGGGGUCACCUCCGGAGAAGAUGGGACCACUGCAGGGGGAGAUCAUGGGAAGACUUCUGUGCCGGAACCGUGACUGUGGUCAUCCUGCAGACAUGAUGGAGUACCGAGACCGACUUGAGAGUCAACUAGGAGCGCAGGGCACACUUUUCAGGCAUGUGAAAACCUAUGAAGAACAGGCCAUUCAAAGUCAUCACACAUCCUUUACCUUUGGUCAGACAAUUCGUAGGAAGGAAAAAAUGUACAAUUGUAAGGACUGUAGACAAACCUUCAGCUACCUCUCAUGCCUUAUUCAGCAUGAGAAAACUCAUAAUAGAGAAAAGCAUUCUGAAGUUAAGAAAUGUAGGAAACCCAUGAGCAAAAAGCCAGGCAGUAGUCAGCGUCAAAGUACUCAAGCUUGUGAGAAACCAUAUGAGUGUAUGGAAUGUGGAAAGGCCUUUGGACGUAGUUCUGAUCUGAUUCAGCAUCAGAAAAUUCAUACUAAUGAAAAACCCUAUCAAUGUAAAGUGUGUGGCAAAGCCUUUAUUCGUGGUUCACAGCUCACCGAACACCAGAGAGUUCAUACAGGAGAGAAGCCUUAUGAAUGCAAGCAAUGUGGAAAAGCUUUCAGUUACAGUUCACAGUAUACUCUCCAUCAGAGAAUUCAUAGUGGUGACAAACCAUAUGAGUGUAAGGAAUGUGGGAAGGCUUUUAUUCUUAGCUCACAACUUACUUACCAUCAGAGAAUUCACAGUGGUGAGAAACCAUAUGAGUGUAAGGAAUGUGGGAAAGCCUUUAUUCUUGGCUCACAUCUUACUUACCAUCAGAGAGUUCAUACUGGUGAAAAGCCUUAUAGAUGUAAAGAAUGUGGGAAAGCUUUUUUAUGUGCCUCCCAACUAAGUGAGCAUGUGAGAAUUCACACAGGUGAGAAACCCUAUGAAUGUAAAGAAUGUGGUAAGACUUUUAUUCGUGGCUCACAACUUACUUACCAUCUGAGAGUUCAUACAGGGGAGAAACCCUAUAAAUGUAAAGAGUGUGGAAAAGCCUUUAUUUGUAAUUCUAACCUCACUCAGCAUCAGAGAACCCAUACUAAAGAAAAACCCUACAAAUGUGAAGAAUGUGGAAAAGCCUUUAAUGGCUGCAAACAACUUAGUGAACACCUGAGAAUUCAUACAGGUGAGAAACCCUUUGAAUGUAAAGAAUGUGGAAAGGCCUUUAUCCGUACUGCCUCCCUUACUCAGCAUCAGAAAAUUCAUGGUGAGAAGCCGUAUAAAUGUAAGGUAUGUGGAAAGACCUUUAUUCGUUCAGCACAGCUUGCUUGUCACCAGAGGAUUCAUACAGGUGAAAAACCCUACAAGUGUGAGGAAUGUGACAAGGCCUUUAUUUAUAGCUCACAACUUAGUGAACAUCAGAGAACUCAUAGAGGUGAAAAGCCUUAUGGAUGUAAACAGUGUGGGAAGGCCUUUAUUCGUGGCUCACACCUUACUGAGCAUAUGAAAAUUCAUACUGGGGAGAAGCCUUAUGAAUGUAAGGAAUGUGGGAAGGCUUUUCCCCGUGCAUCAGAACUUAGUACUCAUCAAAGGAUCCAUACUGGUGAGAAACCCUUUGCAUGUUUAAAAUGUGGUAAAGACUUUAUACGUCGUUCACAACUCACUCAACAUCUUAGGGUUCAUAACUAAAGCCACUGAAUGUGAUUUGCUCUAAUGAAUGCAGGAUAUCCUAUAGCUUUGGCUCAGAAUUGACCUAUUUUAGAAAGCUUGGUGGCUCUUGGCUGCUAACCAAAACGUAAAGAGUUCAAACCCACCAGCUGCUUCUCAGAAGAAAGAUGUGAUGGUAUGCAGAUGUAUCCAUAAAGAUAUACAGCACUGAAAACUUCAUAGAUUUGUUUUCUGCCCUAUAAAACAUUCAUAAUACCUCUACCAAGUAAAAUAUUUGUAUAUUUAGUACACAGUAAUUCAAGCCAGCCAUUUCCAAAAUACAUUCAAGAAAUAAUCAUCUCCAACAUAUAAUUGGAGUUUUCCUGCCCCACUGUUUCUGAGGCUGUGUAUAACCAAAUUCCAUUAUUGGUAUAACCAAAUACACUUGGAACAAGCCAAAUAAAGUGGUGGUGGUGAGACUUUCUAUAAGAACAAAAAGAACUGUUUAAUCCAUUGCUUCCCAUACUUGAUUAUGAACCCUUUUCUUCUAGAGUACUUAGUACUAGCUUUGGGUUGUGAACACACUUUGAAAUAUCCUGAUUUAACUAAAAGGAAUGACUAGAAUUUUCAGACAUCCGGGUAUCUAAUUAAAUGUGUGUGUGUGUGUGUUUUACAGUAUAGAGAGAAAAUAAUUUGAAUUUUCAACAUCCUUAUUUCCACUCAUCUAAUUCAUUUUAAUAAAGUAAUGCUGCUUUUGUUUUAAGAUACUUUAAAAAGGAAAACGUUAAUAAAUAUUGAACACAUG